UCCUCAUCAUUUGAUCUUUUAUACUCUCGCUCUCUUUUUCUCCAAUCCUCCUCAUUCAUCCCGGCUAGGGUAUUGGAUAGAUUUUCUAGGGUUCGAUUUUGGCUUUCAAGGGUUCGGUUUAGGUGGGCCGAACCCCCUCCAAUGCCUCUAGCCGAGCAUGGUGAGAAUUUGAAUUAGCUCCCAACUCCAUUGUUUUGCUUCUAACAAAUGCACCUCCAAACCUCCUUUGGUCGUCACCCAAAGGAUGAACCGACCCUCCUUAUAUAUGUUUUGAAAGGUACACCACUCAAUCACCUCCAAUUACAACAAUGGUUUACAACAAAUAAGCCUCACAACCCGAGAGAAACGUGUUGUUGCUCUACUUGCUCCCUACCCGGUGUAGUUAGGAGGGCACGAGGUACUACCAGUAGCCUCCCUCUUGUGCCGUCUCUCUAUACCCUAAUACCAAAUAGUUGGGUCAAAUAGUGCCGGGUACUACCAGUAGCCUCCCCGUUGGCACCAUCCCUAUGAUGAGCAAAAUAGAAAACAAACCGUUCUCUUUACAAAAAAAUGUUCUCACUCCCUUUUGCAAGCAAGGAAUUUAAAGUGCUGAAAUUUAAGUACUACUUGCAAGUAAAGUACUUCUAGCUUACCUUUCCACACUCACAACAAGAAAGUCUAAGUGCAAGUAGUAGGAAUGUUAAAGCUCACUUCUAAGCAUGCGAGAAUGUAGUGCUCCUUAAUCCCAACCCGAAUCGAAAAUUUCUUGGGUUCAAAGGCGUUACCUCUUUGGAGAGACCUCCUUUGGAAGUCUCUCAAUGAAAGCACCAAUGAUGGAGGGUAGUUUUCGGCCCGGAAGCCUCCACACCACUCUAUGUUCCGUGCUCCUUGUGCGCACCUCGAAGAUGGAUGAUUUGGGCCGAUGCGGGUAACGCCGGAAGGUGUUCGGAUAUUCUAAGUGAUGGUGGGAAUCAAGACAAGGGGCGGAUCUACUGAUUGCAGCUUGGCCCGACACUUGGCUUGAAGAAAAACAACCGAUGACACAGGUGGAAAGCUCAAAUUAUGUAGAGGAACGCUUAACGGUUGAUUUAAUUCCCAAAGACAAGGUUACAACACUCUAGUGGAACUAUGUUUGGUCCUCACUAGCCCAAGUCUUAGAACAUGCUCUAAGACCGAAGACACUAAGGCAAAAGCCUUCCCAAGCCCUUAGGCCGAAAUACAAGUGGACUUACUAAGACAAAAAGAUGUUCUCCCAAGCUCCCUUAAUACAUAUUUAUAGGCUCUUCAAGAGGGGUCAAAACACUCAAAGGAAGGUGGCUAGUAGGUGGCAUAGGCCGGCCAAGGCUUGGCCUAGGUUGCCUAAGGCUUGGCCUAGGUUGGCCAAGGCCUAGGCUGUCAAAGGCUGGCCAAGGUGAUGGAGACCUCAGUCCGCCGAGCACCAAUCCGGAGCAAGUGGCUGAGCCCAACCUCGACCAAAUCCAAGAAACAGCCAGUAUCCACUGCUUGGAGGUCUGCCCAAGCAGUGGACAGCAGGUGGCUCAACCCUGCGCAGGCCAUGCCCAACGCCCGCGCGAGGUUCUGGGCCGACCACAGCAGCCGCACGCGGCCAUCCGCGCGCCCAGCUCGCAACAGCCGCGCGCAGUGCCCUGCGCGCGCCCAGAGCAGCGCGCAGGCCACGGCGCGCCCGUCCAGUCCUCGCGCGGCCGACCGCGCGCACACCAGCCACAGCAGGCGCGCGGCCCUCCGCUCGCGUCCCAGCAGCGCGCGCCCCUGCGCGCGCUAGCCCUGCAGCGCGCGCCCCUGCUCGCGCCCAGCCUUCAGCUGGGCCGGCCAACGCCCCAGCGCCAGGCCGACCCGAACCUCGCCAUGAUAGGGCCUAGACGAGGUUCUGGCACCAAAACCUCGCCAUAACCAAAGUGGCCCGGUGCACUGCCAGGACACCAGCCCACGCCGCGCCAGCAUCCAGCACACGCACAGCACCCGGCUGCACGCAUGCCACUGAAGGGCAUGGACAUGGGUGAUGUCCAAGGGCACCAGCCCGUGCGCACGCACCUAAGCACGCGCGCACAAAAGAAGAAGACCCGAGUGCGACAAGUCCAAAGUCCGGCCACCCGUCCGAGUGGCCGAGCUCAAUCCAAGCAAGCGGGUCAAGGGCGACAGCCAAGUCUUAGCCCGCGCACAUUGCGCCCAAGACAGCCAAGGGUGGGCCAAGCAAGCGCCCAACAUUUGGCAUAUGUGCGCCCAACAAAUAAGGCAAGGAUCUGGCCGAAGUCCAAGUGGCGCCCGACCGAGCACUGCAGUCAUCAAGACAAGUGCGCCCGGCCUGAAGCAGCAGGCCAAGACACAUGGCAGCGCAUCCAACAGAAGCGCCCAGCAUUGCGCCCAGCCAUAACCAGGAGGAGCACAUGGCAGCACGCCCAGCAGAAGCGCCCAACAAGGCGCGCGGCCAUAAUUGGCCGCGCCACAUGAUAGCAACCCCAGCAGCGGCGCCCAAGCAACCGCCCGGCCAAAUCCCAUGUGCGCCAAGGCAGAAUCAAAGGGGGAGCCCGCAGGCUUUCUUAUAGAGAUUUGGCGAGCAGAUUCAUGGGCAGCCAAGAUGCAGCAGGCCGCCAAAUUGAUGGCCAGCAGAAUGCCAUGUCAAGAAUCCGCGUGAAGAGGCAACAAGCACAAGGCACAACUUCAGCCCGACAGCAAGCCAAGGAUUCAAGCCACAGCGGACACAUGGCGACCGGUGCAAGCAUCAACAUGAAGACCUUCCUUAGUAGGUUGGAAUUCAAAUUCAAACCGAAGCCGGCCAAGCAACUCAUGCAACACAUGGCUAAAUUAAUUUGAAUUCAAAUUCAAAUGAAUUCAGCCGAAGUAGGAAGAUAUUUGAAUUUUGAAGGUAUUCCGCCAAUGAGGCAUUAGGCCUAUAAGAAGAGGCCAUUAGGGUCGAGCCAAGCAUCCAUCUUUUAUCAUAUUUUGAGUCAUUGUAAAGGGUUAUCCCUUAGGUUCCUUAAGGGUCAUUCGGCCGAAAGGCUUGGGCUAAGGUGGAGAACAUCACUCCCCUUAGAUUGUUCAUAGGAUAGGCAUGGACCCUUCUUGUCCCUUGGCCAACUAUUCCUUGUAAUUCCGUUGUCCUCUUGGAAUUGAAUCUCAGUUUUUUCCCCACAUCAUUGAUUCAUAUCCCUUGUCGAAUCCCUUGUGUGGACUAGCAUAGGUAAGGGCCAAAGGCAACAAGAAGAGCGGUGUUACCCACAAGUCGGUCCCAAGGCAUAAGCCAAUCGAACCAACACUUCAUCCUUUGGGCGAUUGGGCCGGGGAUCGGGACCGCAAGUCCCCGGGUACCCAACUCUGGUGCUUUCAUUGAGAGAAUUCUUCAAGGAGAUCGUCGGGAGCUCGACUAGUUGAGACCCAUAGAAGGUCGAUCUCAAGAGGUAACGCAUUCUCUUUCGGAUCUACAUUGUUCAUUGAAGUUCUUAUGAGGUCUGAAAAUUAGAUCUAUAUUCUUCAUUGUGUAUGUGUGAGAUCUAAUUUGGGGUUAGUAAGUUUAUCUUGUGGUGAGAGAGUUUCUUGUAAAAGAGACCAGAUUGUUUUUCACUUGGCUCACAACUAGGAACUUUGCCAUACGGAGAGGCUACUGGUAGUACCCGGCAAUAUGCAGCUCAACUAUUCGGUGCUAGAGAACUAAAAGGCCGGCACGGAUGAGGCUACUGGUAGUAACUCGUGUCGCAACCGCUCUACACGGGGUAGGGAGCAAGGGAAUUAACAAGACGAAUCUCGUGGGUUGAGUGCUUAAAAAAUUCUGUAUUUUUACUAUCCUUGUACAACCCGCAAGGGUAUUUGCAAUUGCUUUGUAACACUACUCAUUGGAGGGCUGGAUCAUCCUUUGGGUGAUGGCCGUAGGAGGUUUGGAGUGGUUUUCACGUGGGAAAAAAAUAGAAGAGUUGUAAUGGAGUCGGGUGAAGAUUCUAACAACCAAAAGUUGAUGGAAGCCAUAGAAGGGAGUAGUGCUAGGUUAGGCAAUGUCUUGGAGAAUGUAAUGGAGACAUUGGCCGCCAUGAGGAGGGAGAGCAAUUCUAAUGCCGAGAGGUUAGAAAGAAGAUAUGGAGAAAAGGAGAGUAAUGGUAGUGAUGGUCUUCAAAAUGAGAGAAGAAGAAGAGGAAGGAGAGAACAAGUAUUUGAAAGAUGGGCCGAUGGUAUCCAAGAGGAUCGGCCAAGAGAGUAUGAAGGGGAGGAGAGUGAGCCCCAAAGAAGUCCUCUACAUUGAAGGCCUUAUGACCGGAGAGAUCGGGAGGAAAGGAGAAGAAAGGGGAAGAUGAUGAUGAUGUUAGGGUUUUGGAUCAUCAUGAAAGGAUCCGAAAACCGAAGAUUGAUUUUCCUACAUUUGGAGAAGGUGAUCCAUAUGAAUGGUUAGACAAAGUGGAGCAAUACUUCCUAGUAUAUGAAAGCCCUAGAGAAGAGAAGGUGACCUUAGCUAGCUAUCACUUAGAGAGGAGAGCCAAUAGGUGGUGGAGGUGGCUAAGAAGCAUCUAUGCUAGGGAAGGGAAUAGGUUGGGAUGGACGGAGUUUGUAGAUGAGUUCUUGAAACAAUGGGGACCAUCUCCAACCAUCAAUCAUCAUGGCCAAUUGGCCAAAUUGAGGCAAGAAGGCAAAGCGCAAGACUACAUCGACCAAUUCCGCCAACUUCAAACAAUGGUGGAAGGGUAGUCCGAAGAAGCACUCCUUGGCACUUUUGUUGAUGGGCUCAAGUCAUGGCUUUCCAAGGAGAUCAAGCUCAAGCAACCCACACGCCUUCAAGAUGCAUUGAGGAUGGCUGAAAUCCUAGACCAAAGUGGUUUCCAUGACCGGCGGCCAAACAAAGAACCAUCCAACCGCAAGGAUUCCAAUCCCUUACGAAUGAAGCCUCAAAAUUCUGCAACAACUCCCUCCAAACCACAGCAACAUGAAGUUAAAAAGCUCAACCGAGAGGAGUUGCAAGAGUACAUCAAGAAAGGCCUAUGCUUCAAGUGGGGUUCCAAGUGGGAGAAAGGCCACAAAUGCAAGCCCGAUCAAUCCUUCGCCAUCCACCUUGUGAGCAGCGAAGACGAGGCCGAUGAAGGAGCUACAUCAUCCUCCGAAGGUAGCACCAUUGAUGAAGAGAACCAUGAAGCCGAAGCCACUAGAUCCGCUCACGAAAAUGCCGAAGUUUUCUUGCAUGCACUAUCCGGAGUACAACGCCCAUCUACUAUGAGGAUGAUGGCAUGGAUCGGAAGACAUGAGGUGUCCCUUCUUGUUGACAACGGGUCCUCUCAUAACUUCAUCAAUCCGGAUGCAUUAUAUAGAAUUGGACUCAAGGGGGCAGCCACCGAACCCUUUGAUGUGAAGGUUGCAAGUGGUGAACGACUACAAUGCCAAGAAAUUGUAAAGGAUGUUCGGCUUAAUGUCCAAGGAGUCCGCAUUGUGGCUGAUCUACAUGUUCUACAACUAUUUGGCCUAGAUGUGGUUCUAGGCAACGCAUGGCUUCGAAGUGUGGGAAAGGUAGUCACCGACUACAAAACCAUGACAAUAAAGUUCAAAAUCGGCACCAAGAAGAAGGUUUGGACAGCACUUCAUCCCAAGGAGGUCCGGCCUUGUGAGGCCAACAUGCUAGAAAGGCUAUGCCGUGGGGGAGCUUUAUGCCUUGCCGUGGUUAUGGCCAACCAAGGAGGGGCUGCGGGGGGACCUCAACCGCAGCCAAUUGAAGACAUGAGUGACCUUCCACUUCAAGUGCGCCAAUUCCUUGAAGCACACCAAAGAGUCUUAGAGAUGCCGACCAAUCUUCCACCUCAACGUCCUUUUGAUCAUCCAAUCCGGCUCAAGGAUAAAAGCAAGCCCAUCAAUGUACCACCUUACCGGUAUGCUCAAUUCCAAAAGGGUGAAACCGAAAGGCAAGUUGAAGAGAUGAUGAAGCAAAGGUUGAUCCGCCCAAGUACAAGCCCGUUUUCUUCCCCGGUUCUCUUGGUAAGGAAGAAGGACGGAUCUUGGAGGUUUUGCACGGAUUACCGAGCCUUGAAUGAAGCCACAAUCAAGGAUCGUUUUUCUAUACCCACGGUGGAUGAAAUGUUGGACGAACUCCAUGGUGCAAAAUACUUCACAAGAUUGGAUCCAAGAGCCGGCUACCAUCAAAUUAGAAUGAGGAAGGAAGACAUCCACAAGACAGCCUUCCGCACCCAUUCCGGCCACUAUGAGUACCUCGUCAUGCCCUUUGGCCUAUGCAACGCACCAUCAACCUUUCAAGCGGCCAUGAACAAGGUAUUCAAGCUUCACCUCCGGAAAUUUGUGAUUGUUUUCUUUGACGACAUAUUAGUCUACUCAAAGUCCAUGGAGGAACAUAUGAAGCAUUUAGAUCUAGUCAUGAGUAUCUUGGAAGAACACAACUUCUACAUCAAAGCUUCCAAGUGCGCCUUCAUGCAAGAAGAACUUGAAUAUCUUGGGCACAUUGUUUCCGGCCAAGGCGUGAGAGUGGAUCCAAGCAAGAUAGAGGCCAUGACCGAUUGGCCUUUGCCCAAGGAUAUUUCGGCUUUGAGGGGAUUCCUAGGCCUCACCGGCUACUAUAGAAGAUUUGUGAGGGAUUACGACCUCAUUGCCAAGCCCCUUACCAACAUGCUUAAGAAAGAUGGGUUUGAGUGGACUUCAGCCGCAAAGCAAGCAUUUGAAGAUCUUAAGAGAGCCAUGACUUAAACUCCGGUGCUUGCUCUUCCAAACUUCAACCAACCAUUCCAAGUCUACACGGAUGCAAGCAAUGAAGGUAUUGGUGCGGUCCUAGCACAAGACUAGAGGCCUUUGACCUAUAUUUCUAAAGCCCUCGGACCCCAAAAGAAGGCAUGGAGUACCUACGCUCGGGAGUGCUAGCCGUGGUCCAUGCGGUCAAGAUUUGGAGGCCAUACUUGCUUGGGAGGCGCUUCACCAUCGUGACCGAUCAACAAGCUCUUCGGCAUCUCCUCACACAAAAGAUUGUUACUCAGGAUUAGCAAAAAUUCCUGGUAAAACUUUUUGGCUUUGAAUAUGAUAUCAUUUACCAACUAGGAAAGGAAAACAAGGUGGCGGAUGCGUUGUCACGCAAAGAAGGAAGUCCCGUCCUUGCUGCUACCCUUGAGGACAAGGGUAUUCUCCAAGGAGGGGGGAAUGAUGGAGACCUUAGUCCGCCGAGCACCAAUCCGGAGCAAGUGGCCGAGCCCAACCUCGACCAAAUCCAAGAAGCAGCCAAUAUCCACUGCUUGGAGAUCUGCCUAAGCAGUGGACAGUAGCCGGCUCAACCCCGCGCAGGCCAUGCCCAACGCCCGUGCGAGGUUCUGGGCCAACCACAGCAGCCGCGCGCGGCCAUCCGUGCGCCCAGCUUGCA